UUGUUUCUGUCUGCAUGCACCGUCAUCCACUUACCCUGCCCUACAAUAUCUUCUAUAUAUUGCAUAGUUCUUCUUCACAACUCACCACACAACACAAAGUGCUAGCUUCACAAUCCAUAUGGCUCCCCAUUCCCAUUUCUUUGCUGCACUCUCCAUUCUUCUUUCUCUCCUAGCCUGUUCUGCUAAUGCACAACUUACUCCCACCUUCUAUGACAGAUCUUGUCCCAAGCUUCAAACCAUUGUGCGCAAUGCAAUGGUCCAAACUAUCAAAAAAGAAGCUAGGAUGGGAGCCUCUAUCCUUCGCCUGUUCUUCCAUGACUGCUUUGUAAAUGGUUGUGAUGGAUCAAUCUUAUUGGAUGACAUUGGUACUACCUUUGUGGGAGAAAAGAAUGCAGCACCAAAUAAAAAUUCAGCUAGGGGCUUUGAAGUGAUUGACACCAUUAAAACCAACGUAGAAGCUUCUUGCAACAAUACUGUCUCAUGUGCAGAUAUUCUAGCACUUGCCACAAGAGAUGGAAUAAAUCUGCUUGGAGGACCAACAUGGCAAGUACCACUUGGCCGAAGAGAUGCAAGAACAGCAAGCCAGAGAAAAGCCAACACUGAAAUCCCUUCACCAUCCUCCGACCUCUCCACCCUCAUCUCCAUGUUCAGCGCCAAGGGUCUAUCAGCCCGUGACCUCACCGUGCUCUCCGGUGGCCACACCAUAGGCCAAGCAGAAUGCCAGUUUUUCCGAUCACGUGUCAACAACGAGACCAACAUUGAUGCCGCCUUCGCAGCCUCCAGAAAAACCAACUGCCCUGCCUCCGGCGGCGGAGACACCAAUUUAGCCCCUCUUGAGACCCUCACGCCGACCAAAUUCGAGAACAACUACUACCGAGACCUCGUGGCUCGCAAAGGACUUCUCCACUCUGAUCAGGUGCUUUUCAAUGGUGGAUCUCAGGAUGCUCUGGUUAAGAGUUAUGCUGCCAAUAAUGCUGCUUUUUUUAGAGAUUUUGCUGCUGCUAUGGUGAAGAUGAGUAAAAUUAGUCCUCUCACUGGGACUAAUGGAGAAAUCAGAAAGAAUUGCAGGGUUGUCAAUUAAUUAAAAAGAAUUGCAGGGGAAAAUCAGCAAUUGAAUAAAUUGUGGAUGAUGAUUGAUGAGAGAUUUGAGUAUAGGGUCUAAUUCAUGAACCUUGACUAGAUCUUGGACACAUUGGCAGUAGUGUAGUUUUGUUUUAUGCCUUUAAUUUAUUUCCUUUGGUUACACUUUUGGCACAUUUUCCUUUGACAAUUUGAAAAAUGUAUCUGAGCAAGCUGCUACAACCUACAUGUGUUGUGGAGCCUGUCUUCCAAUGAAUGAAUCAAAGCAAUUCAAAA